UUUUGAAACUGGUGGUAAUUUAACCUCAAUUUAUUGUUACAUAAAUGAAAUGUUUGUUCGUCAACAUUGAGAAAUAGAAAUGUUUUCACUAUUUCUCCGCAAUUUUAAUUCGUCGAGAUGGAUCUCGUUGUCACAUAAAAAAUACAGUUCCACUUUGACAUCAAACAAUCCUUUAGAAGAAAUUUUAAACAAUUUACCUCCGGAAGCAGAAGCCUUAUCACCGAGUGAUACCAUAAACAUAUUUCGACAUUUGAGUGAAACAUCGAAGAAUCUAAACUCAUUGCUACCCGCCACUUCAUUUAAAGUGAUUCAACAUGAAAAAUUUGAAAUAUUACGACAAGCAAUAAAACAAUCUAUACCAUACUUAAAAACCAUGGAUAAAUUUGACGUGCUCAAAAGAACACAAAUUCUUGAUGUGCCAAUCGACGAUGGUGUCAACAAUAUAAUUAUAAGUUCAUUGCUAGAAAAUGUUUUCAAUAUGUCAUUGAACGAGAUUUUGGUUUUUGACGCACUAUUGGCACCACAACAGAAAACUGUAUUAACCAAAGAAUUAACACAAUGUUUUGUCAACCGAUUCAAUAUAAAAGUUAGUUCAAGUCCAAUUAAUUUCAGUUAUUUUACAAAUACCAAACGAAUUUUGCAAUUUAUACUUCGAAAUCGAAAUGAGAUCACUAAGAACGUGUUUGAAAAUAUGAAAAAUUGUUUGGUAAAAAAUGAUAUCGAUGAUAUCGAUAUACUUACUGCCAAUGAAGCCGAAAUUACCAUUAUAUUGUUAUCGAAUUUUCAAGAAAAAUGCGAAUAUUUUGAUAGGCUCAAAGAAAAAGCAUUAAAUGUUUGGCAAUCCAGCGAUGUGACAAUGGACAUGGUUCAAAAAACGCUUACAUUCUUAACGAAACGAAAUUCGUCAGUAAUUUUUAAUAUGUAUAAUGACAGUAGAUAUUUGGAGAAAUGCGUUCAGGUUGCCAUCAAAUCGGGAGAUUUACAAAAAUGUUUCGCAGUUCAAAGCCAAUUCAAUUACAUGGGUUUCAUCAACUCACAACUCAUCGACUUUCUGCUUGAGAACCUGAACGUUCAGGCUGAGGAUGAAAAUGUAGUCAAUAACUGUAUAUCACUUUUCAUUGCAUGUGAUAUUGGCAACUACAGAUCGCCACUUUUUCAUGAAAUUCUUGCAACCACCUUGGCCAAUAUGAAUUUCAAUAAACACUUUCACACUAUCAAACUCGAUUGGGCACAUUUGGCGGUGCGACUAUCACAAAAUGGAAUUUAUCACAAGAGACUAAAUGACUGUAUUUUGAAACGCCGUUUUAGUUAUGAAUUCAAUGUCGAUAGCCUCGCGGAACUGGAGACGUUGGAGCUUGAGAAAAUCAUUGGAGUAGAAAUUGGAAGUUCAUUAUCGAAUUUAAAGCGAGUUUUUGGUGAUAAUAUUCGUUUAUUAAUACGUACUAGUGAUGGUUCUCUUAUUCCGCUUCUCUUGAAGAUUGACAUCAACUCUAAAAGUAUUGUUCCAUUUAAAAAACACGAAGGCAUAACAUUGAAUUCACUUAAUUGCGAUGUCGACCAGUGUUUGGUGGCAUUUGUUGAUUGCUCCACGCCAGAUAUCCAGUUUCAGCAUCCAAAAUUAGUUACGAUCACUUUAAACGCGACCGAAUGGCUCGAUCUGUUGCAUCAUCGAACCAAAGAAGAAAUUAUCGCCAAAAUUGUUUAAUCAACAAUCAAAAUGUAUUACAAUGAAACGCUGCGUAAUAUGUAUUUUUAAAUUAUAAUUUUUAUUUUUAAAUAAACAAUAAAGAAGUAUUCUUUGACAUUUGUA